UCCUGCCUUCAAGUACUUAUGACUUUUGACUGUGGCGCUUAAAAAGGACUUUUGUGGUCAUUAUUUGAAUGGAAACUUGCAAAAUCCAUUUAAGAAUAUGAGGAAUAUAAUUUUGCAAUUAAUGUUAUCAUUUUUAUUGUUGGAAACUUUGCAAGUUUUCGGCCAAAAAACAAAAUGUGCACCCUUAGAUAGUCCGGCACAUGGUCGAGUAAGACUACGAGCAAGAGGUAGAAUUGCAAAGUUUAGAUGCAAUCGUAAAUUCACGUUAUUUGGAAAAAAAAUGAUCAUCUGUUCAGGCGACAAAUGGAGUUAUCCACCACCUAUUUGUAUACGAAAAGGUUGUGAUAAAAUUCAAUCUUCAGGAAAUCUUACAGUAACUGAAGAAAAAGGUGGCGCUGUAUUAGAAUUCAAAUGUGCUCCACCACUCAAAUUAACAGGAGAGAAAAUGAUCACGUGCGAUGGGAAAACUUGGAGUGCCGAAGUCCCUUCAUGUGAAUAUGUAGAACCAGAAAAUUAUUGUGAUUUUGAAGAUGAAAAUAUUUGUGGCUGGCAACAUGAUAAACUAGCAAACUUUGACUGGAAAUGGAAUUCUGGUACUACACCUACUCGACGUACAGGUCCGAAAAAUGACCAUACCUUGGGGAAAGGUCAAAACGGGCAUUAUAUGUUUAUGGAAUCAUCAUCUCCUAUAGAAACGAACGAAAAGGCAAGACUAUUAUCUCCGUACUUUCCCGCUACAACAGGUGGUCUAUGUUUUGAGAUAUGGUAUCAUAUGUGGGGAGUAGCAGGAUACAACCAAGUUGGAAGAUUGGCAAUAUAUAUUGAAGAAAUAGGACAAACGGAUACGCUAUCUCAAAAAGCAGAGUUCGACGUUUCAGGGAAUCAAGGUGACGAAUGGAUAAAAGGACAAUUUCCAGUCGGAGAACAAAAAACGUCUUUCAGGUUCAUAAUUGAAGGUACGAAGCUAAAAAGUUACUUGAGUGAUAUUUCUGUAGAUGAUCCUAAACUGUACAACUGUUCAGAUGAUUAUGAGGAUACUAUAAUAAGUACUCAAGAAACAACUGCAGCUGAGACCACUGAGGCAGUUGUACAAACCACAGCUCCGAUAAUCUUAACGAAGCAUCAAGAUAGGGUGACAACUCAACCAGUAACAACCACACAAGAGCUAAUAGAUUUGUCUACAAAUGUUUUUUCUAGUAGUUCCGCUGUAAAGAGUACUGCGAGUUCAACCGAACUCAAAACAAAAGCAAUUAAAGUAUCACAUGUAACUACCACAACAAUGCUACCAACGACUUCCAAAGUGGCAGAAAUAACUUUAAUAAGUCAUAUAACUACUUCACCAGUUGAACAAUCAACAAUUGGUAUUACUUCUGAGUCGAUGACGUCCAAAGAAGUAAUAACAAAGCCACGUACGCCAAUGAAGAAAACAACAAUCAAGCCAACAAGGCCAACCACAAGGGAAACUACCGUAUCUUCGACAUCGGCUCCUUCGACAAAAGAAACUACAACUACUAUUACAAGUUCGAAAAGUAAAAGAAAAAUAACUUCAAAACCUACAACAAUUACUACUUCAACAACACGGAAACCCGAAACUUCUUAUGUAGUAACUACGACAAGACCUACAACAACGACAACGAAACCAAUACCAACAACAACUAAAAAUCUCAAACCAACAAAUAAAAAGACUACACCAACAACAGUAAAAACACCAACUACAGCUACUUUGUCAACUGUGACAACGAAACAAACGACGAAUGUUCCUGUUUUGAAAACGUCGAAACACGUAUUAAUACCAUCAAAAAGUGUUUCAACUGAGUUAACUACACAGGAAGUGUUAUAUUCUAACAAGAAAUCAGAUAUUUAUACUAAAAAUACUACAGCCUCGUCAGUAUCAAAUUUGACUACAACACAAAGUUCAAUAGAAAUAGUCGAACCAGCUAAUAGGUCAGACAAUACUCCUAUAAAACCUCUUAUGAUUGGUAUAGGAGUAGGAAUAGCAAUUGGAUUAAUAAUAGUGAUCGGAGUAAUUUAUACGUAUCUUAAAAAACGACGAAAAGAUGAUGUUUUCGAAGAUGAAAUGGAACCUAUAGCUAAAAAUGCUGUUUAUGACUAAAUCGAAAUGCAAUUGUGGUGAAGAUAACGGUAUUAGCUUUUGUUUUGCAAUACCAAAACUUGAUUCACAAAACGGUGACAAUUUCUUUACUCUGCUGUGCCAGAUACUGUGCUUUUCGGAUACAAAAGCUGUUACCAAUGAGCAGAUUAAAUCCCCUAACUUAUAGUCUUUAGUGUGCUUGACAAAUUUUAUACUAGAGUCGUGCGCACCAGAAUCACCGUCAUACAUGUAUUGAUAGCCCCGAAUAUGUAGACUGAUAGUCUAACAGUCUUAUAAUCACCUAAAGGUCAGUAGUUUGGCAUUGACCUCAUCAAUUUUAAACAUGCGUUUUAGUUGAGAAUUAUCUGGUUACGAAGAGGGAUUUUAAAAGUCGUCUUUUGGGUCAAAAUAUAAUUCAAGUCAUGUUGAAGGAUAACUAACCUUUUAUAUAAAGAAAUAAGUAGAAACUUUGAAAUGUAAUGAGAAACCAAGGGAAUCAAAACUGAACAUUGUAUAUUGUGAUAACUCCAAAGAUUUCCUCGCUUUUUUAAUUAACCCAAGAUAACUAUAUAUAUUUUGAAAGUAUUUCUAAAAAAUUGAAGUAACUCAUAAAAACAUUUGUCCAGUUCAUCUAAUGACUUAAACUUUUUUUGAAAGGAAAUAUUACUUUGACAAUUCAAAAAAGUUUGUGAAUAAUAACUUUCUCUGGUUCAUUUAAUUUUGAUUAUCUGCAAUGUUUUCUUAUUCCUGGUUCAAAUUGACUCAAAAUAUUUAGUAACUGUGAUCUUGACAUUGGAUGUAUAUAGCUUAAAUCAAUAGGGAUUGAUCUCCCUCCACUUAUAUUUUACAAGUUUGCAUCCAAUCAAAGUUGGUCAAAGGGUGAUCAGUCAGAAACGCCCUUUCUGCACUUUUUCAGGUUCAUUUUGUAAAAAAGUAUAACAAAAAACAGAACUCCAAGGUUAAUUAAAAAAGGGAAAGUCCAUAAAAACUGACAAAAUCAACCGUUAUCAAACAACGGAACAAGUGCAAAAACAACUGUCAUAUUCCUGACUUAGUACAGGCAUAAAUAAGACCUAAGAGUAUUGACCUCAGAAUCAUUAGGGGUCUUUACUCAUUAUGUGUGACCAAAUAUGCAAUUUUAGUUCCAAUCCCAUGUAAGGUUAUAGAUUUAUAAUCCAGAAAAUCCUUUCCUGUACAAACUCCUGUAUUGUUUGUAUCUUUAGACUUAUCAUAUGUGACCAUAUAUCCAUAUAAGUUGCUAUUUGAUAUAAUGUAUUUGUAUUUGAUUUAGCAACCGCAAACCGAUUUCCUCCAUAAAAUUUUGGUUUAUUAUUAGUAACACUUUGACCUUGACUUUUACAUAGAUGAGGCUCGAAUUUAAAAAGUUAAACUGAAGAAUUUUUUUAUAAGUAUAUUUUUUUCUAAUUAUGAGAUUUGUGAUAAAUAAAUAUAUCAAACCUUUUUAUUCAAAACAUUUUUUUUCUUCAAAAUAGUUAAAAUAUUGUUUGCAUACAAUUAUUGUGAACUCUAUUUUGGUCAUUCUAAACGCUUAAAAUACAGAAAUCACUUAUCGUUUUAUUUAAUAGACAAUAUUUUGCAAUUAACCCUGCCUUUUGUACACAUUGAUUGUCUCUUAUUUAUAUGAGUACACUGGAGAUAAUAUAAAAACAAAUAUUUGACUUUAGCUUUUGUAGUUUGCAUCAGUUAUUAGACGUCCAAUAGUUUAGCUUCAAGAUUAAAAUUUAUAUUCCAGAAACGUGUUACACUGAAUUCUGUGAAUUUAUUAAUACAUAUACCAACAUGCAUGUCCUUGUUUGAAUUACUAUGCAUAAAACAGUUGACAUUUAUGUAACACAGGAAUAUUAUAUUCACUUUGACUAUAGGCCAAAGUUAAUGUAGUUUUUUCUUGGGUUAAUAACAAACCACUACCAUUUUGAAGGUCGUUGAUUAAUUUAAUGUAUUGCACAUUGUGUUUGCCUUUGCUUAUACGCUUAAGAUAAGCUUUAAUAAAGUCGAUUUUCAGUUAUUUUA